UAUCCCAGACUGGCCGCACCAACAGCAUUUCGUUGCUCUCUCGUUUUUGAAAGCUCACAAUUUCCAUCUCUAUUAAUAGCUAGCCAGCCAGACCACAAGAAACCCAACAACAGAUUCAAAUUCCUUUUCUUUUGUCAGCUAACAUGAAAAUCUCAAUGAAUUCCGUUGCUUCUAUCAUCGUGGCACUUGUCUGCCUCUUCGCUCCGAGCGCUGAGGCUCGCUUGGGGGCUGAAAACAGUGGUGAAGCGCAACAAGAUGAUCCCAACGUGGUGCGCCGUCUUCCUCAUUUUAUUACCUGGGAUUCUGACACUUACAUCUACCACUAUGGAUGUGACAACGAUGGGAUUAUUGACAUGAAGAAUGAUGACGGAGACGAGAUUGUUGUGGUAUGGUCCGAGGGAGGCCGUACCAGCUGCUCAGCUUCCGGUGAUGUUUCUCUCAAACGGGGAGCAGUAAAAGGAUCCUUUGACCAAGUCGAGAUCUACGUCGGCGAGGAUGGUGAUCACUUUCUAUUGACCGGUAAGGUGGGCGACACCAAUCUUGUCAUGUUUGGUGAGACCUCCGGCAGCAGCAGGAGGAGGCUUGAGGAUGGCAUUCUGUCUUUUGAUGUCGACGCUUACAUUGGCGGUGUCCUUGAACUGGAUCGAAGCCAAGAUCGUCUCGUUGUCAAGGGUUCAGAUGGAUCAAUCAUGAGAGACCCCAGCUACAAGUUCCAGGCCAAGGGUUCCAUCUGAAGAGGCAGACACGACACCGAUCCAAUCAACCUAGCAAUCGAAGCAGCAAGGAAGAUAGCAGCUAUAGUUCCGCGUUAUUACCGUUUCUGACAGUGUGUUUAGACUAAAAACUACAUUAUAAUCUCCACUUUUAUUGUCCCUACUUCGGUUAGCAGGA